AUGUGGCAUGCUCGCAUGGAGCACCCCAAUGAGGACGCGUAUGCGAAGACGCAGCGCGCAACGACUGGGAUGCCAGUUGUCAAGCAAGAGGUCAAGACUUUAUGCGGUGGCUGCAUGAAGGGAAAGCGGACGGUGGCGCAUUUUCCGUCAAGAUCGCUGACCAAGUCAUCACAUUUACUGGAGCUAGUACACACAGGCGUGAUGGGACUCAUGAAGACGAAGUUGAAGGGUGGAGCGAUGUACGUGCUCACCUUCGUGGACGACCACUCGAGGUUUGUGGUCGUGUACUUCCGCAAGGAGAUGAGUGAAGUGGAGACCAAGUUCAAGGCGUACAAGGCGCUGUACGAGGACCAGUGGGGUAGGUGA